AUGGCGAUGAUUAACAGCUCCCUGGCGGAACUGCCUCUGGAGCAGUUGUCGCUCUACCAUGUCAGCGAUCCUUACCUGUCCUCCGUCCUCGUUUUCUAUGGAUCAGUUGCGACUUCCGAUUCUAGCGCAAGCAGUUCCAGGAACCAGGCGCACAUAUUCAGCGCGGCCGGCCUAAGAAGCUAUCCCCGCAUCAUCGCGUCUCCCGCAGCACCACUCUACGUCGCAGUCCACCACCUUCCCCGCGAAAAACAGGGAGACGAGAUCUGCCGCGGCCUGGCUGUCAGUCUUCUAAGGUACUUGAAUGACUUGCCAGCGACGGCCAAGCAGUGCUUGAAACAGAUAGCCAUGGCGAAGACCGGGAAACCAACUGGCAGACCCCCCAAAAUGUUCGAGGAGACCCAUGCUGCCGACCUGGCCAAUCGAAUGGUUAGAAUAAACAACGCUGCCGAAAUAGUGCGAGAUCUUCGAGGUGCCUAUGACGAGAAAAGGGUACCCUGGAUCGACAUAGAUGUUAUGAUGCCGUCCGGUUCAAUCGCAUCGUCUACGGAACAAGGAGAUAAGAGCGAGAAACCGUCAGAAGAAGCCAUUGAUGACAGAGCGCAUGGCGGUCAAUAUGGAAAAUAUACCGCAUUGAUUGAGGCGUUGGGUGAUCCGAUUUUCCUUCCGACUUCCCGCCUUCGACGCGCACCUUCUCAGCCAACAAACCUAAGCAGAUCCACAUUGUUCACAAGAAGCCAGAAAGAAGCGUUGCGGCUAGCUAUGUGUGAGGUUGUUGACACUGAAGAACGCUACGUUAGUAAGCUGUAUGAUUUAGUUCACAACGUUGUGGGGGAGUUCCAGCAGAAGGCUCGUGUCAAGAGCGCAUCCAGCUCCAGUCCAGACGAUACUGCCUUAGCAGAGCUGUUUCCGCCAUGUCUUGACGAAAUUCUACAGGUCAACAUGGGGUUUCUGGACGUGAUUCGACAGAUCCUGGACACCACUGAGCAAGAAGCCAUCACCAACCUCGCAGAAGACACGGAACUACAAACUUCGGCAUCCGGCCGUUUACACGCAGAACAAGGCAAAGAUAUGAUGGGAGCAAUUUCGUUUGCAAAUGCACUUGUUGAAUGGUUUCCCCGGUUCUCCGAGCCAUACGCAGCUUACAUGAGGGCUCACACUGGGUUCACGCAGACCUUGAAUUCCUUUCUGAAGGACGAAAAAUCUAGUUUUUCACGCAGAGUUUACGAGACUGGCGAACAAAAACUUCGGUCGCUAUUGAUGGAACCUGUUCAGCGGUUGCCUAGAUAUAGCCUUCUCAUUGACGCCAUGACAAGCAACAUACCAUCGAUCCAUCCCUCCAUUCGACUCUUCCUCAAAGCCCGAGAUAUCAUAAAAGAUAUCUGUUCCCUCGAUACGCCAGCAAACACUGAUCACAACCAGAGCAUCCAGCGAAUGAUGAAACUGGUUGAGUAUUGGCCACCAUCUGUUUCCCCCUUUGGGCGGUUAAUUAACGCAUUUGAUUCAACCGAGAUUCUUCCCCCGUACCAUAUUCAAGAGCAGGACGCUCCUACUAUGAAUACUCUCGUGCUUCUUUACAAGAAUUGUCUUGUUUUGCUGUCUCGAUAUCCUGGGAGCAAUAUGACUGCUCGAGCGUUAUUGUCGGAAUUGGAGAACCAGGCGACACCCAGCACCGAGAAAACCCUAUCACAAGGCAACGCCCAGUUUAGAUUCAUUAGAGCCUUUGAUCUGAACAAUCUCUACUGUACUAUGUCUAAUGAAGCCUCGCACUCCACGCAAUUGACGCCUCAUGCUCUUCAAUUAUCGGGAAUGUACGAGGGACGCGCGAAUCGGCUGAUCGAAGAAAUAUUAAAGGCCAAAAUCGAAGGUCAAUUUUCUGAACGAGAACGUGAAGGUGCAAAAUGGACUUUGCGCAGUCCUAAUGUGCCUUCCGGAAACCUUGGGAUCCUUGCUCCUGUGUUCGAAGAGGAUGCCACUGGAUCAAUGCACCGAUCUGGGUUUUCAAGAAUCAGGAUUGUUUUUGACACGCCGAAAGCUGUUUGCAUGAAAACGUUGGAGAAUGCACCAGUAGACGUGAUCGUGUCCCUGACCUGGGCUGAUAGUAAUCAGUACAGAAUGGAGGUAAACGCCAUUGGUGGCUCUAGCACUGUUGACACAAUCAGUAUCGAUACGUUCGUGCCAACGCUUUCAGCUAGACAAUCAUCUGUGUAUUCAAAUUUGGAUAUACUUCGCCAGAUUGGAAGUCACAUUCUUUCCCAAACCAAGAUUCCAAGAGGAUUUCGCCCGCCGUCUCCUUCGAAGUUAAUAUCAAAUCUGUGGGGUGGCGCAAGUCAAACCAAAGAUCCUCCGUCGUUGUCAAAGACAUUUACCCCAAAUUUAUCACUUAGUGAUAUUCCGAAAAUGCCACCAAAGGCGACAGCUGUCGGACGACCAACGACCUCUCCUGCAACACUCGAUGAAGCUCCGCCUAAAAUAUCGAUCAUUGCACCUCCCAAUACAAAGCAAGAUGAUCAACUCCAAAAAUUAGAGCAGACAUUGACUACUUACAUACUCUCUCUACGUUCACGAAGCGGUAACAUCGUAGGCCGCACUUUAAGGGCCCGGGCCAGUGCAGACAAAUCUAUGGUGAACGAACUGUACAAUGUUCUCCUGGAGGAUCCCACUAAACUUCAGGCUGCAGCAGAAGUCCCCGUUGAUGUUCUGUUUGUGGCAUUUGAGACGUUUAUCAAUCACGCUUGGAAGGACCAGAUUGGCUCAUUUCUUUCUUCAGAAAUUUUGACAGCAAUCCUGGCUAAAUUUGAUUCUUCGUUUCCAAAAGAUUUCAGGGAUUUCUUCAAAAGAGUUGUUGGUGACUUGUCGCCACAAAAUAGGCGCGCACUUGCUGCAACGGUUCGCCUUCUAGCGGAUCUCUUGGAUGCCUCUGGUAAUGACGGUGAUAGAGGUGCAUUAACUAUGGCGUUUGCUGAAAUUUUAACCGAGAAUGAAGAUCCCAUGCAGUACAUAUCUCUGCUUGAUCGUCUCGUCGAAGACUAUGAGAAUCUCUUUGAAAUAUCAGUAGGCGAAUCGAAAUCGCAAGAAACGACACCCAAUAGACCACGGUCUCACACAGGAUCCAUAGGGUCCAACACCUCAUCAUUCCGGAAAAGACUGGGCUUUGGCUUGCACCGAGAAAAUUCGUCUCGCUCUGAUGGGGAGAGCAAAGUCAGCUCUCUCAUUCGUACUUUAAGCAAGACCAAAAAUCUUAGUGAUUCCGAAGGGAAAACAACACUAUCCCGUUCGAAAUCCACCGAUUCUGAUUCAAGGCUAGCGGAUCUCCUAGGUCCAGCAACGCGUGAACGACCAACUUUGUACGGGGCCUUCCUGUCAGAGGACAGUAUUCGCCGUCCUGGAAGCGCACAUGACGAUAAUUUUGUUCUUGGUGCUAUUCACGAAAGACCCUCCACGCCACAAAAGGAUCCAGUGCGCCGGAGGAAAAGACGGAGUUCUCUAUCUGAUCUGCAGCUUCCAUCUACUCCUCCACAACCGGCUGUGCUGUCACCGAUUGAUGUCCCAAGGCCUUCAACGCCAGCAUCAACAAACCCUCGUCCUCGGUCGGAUGUCUUGUCACGCAUAGAUCAGUCACAAAUUCACGAUAGCCCCACUGCAAAGUCGCCAAGUAGAAUCCCACAGGAACGACCUACUUCACCCGUCCGCCUCACAUCUCCUAGACGGCCAACAUCACCGAUGCGCCCUCUUCUUUCGCCAGUGGCAUUUGAGUCACCAAUGCAAAAAGAAAAUAUCCAGCAUAGACCGAAAUUGGUGGAACGGGCUAUCAAUAAAAAGACCGAUCGACCAGUGUCUCCAACAUACACACGGAAAAAGAGAUCCGAUACUCUGUCAAGUAUUCCACAGCCAGCUAAGUAUUCUCUGCAACCCAGAGAACGGCCUAUCAGCUCCCAUGGUUCAGACUUUACUAUCAGGCGUGAACGUGCUUUGUCAUCUCCGCAGAAGCCUCAGAGGCUACGCAUGCAGAGCCCCCAGAAGCUAUGUGAUCGUCUUCAGAAUACCAAGCAGGUCCAAAAUAACACGGAGACUGCUAUGCGGACUGAAUUGCAAUUGAUUGGGGCAGAAAUAUCUGCUCUUACAAGAGCAUCUCUAUCGGAUAAUCAAUCAACACCUGCAUCGUCAAAUCAAAAUAGUUCAACCGAGGCAUUGCUUAGCCGCUUGCACAACUUGGAGCAAAGUUUCUCGACUUUCAAAACUGAGAUUAAUAAUCGGACCAUGAAUCUAGAAAAAGACCUGGAGUCUUCGUUGCUUGUGAGCGAGAAACGAGCCAAGAAACUAGAUGAGCUCUAUCGCGAAGCCAGUGCUGAGAAUGAGGCACUCUAUGACAAAUUCAAUUCUGAGCUAAACAAAGUCGCGAAAGAAGUCCGGGUAGGCAACGGUCAGGAAACCCUAAAGGCCCAGUUGAAAAACUCUCUCGAGGAGCUAAGCCGGGUGAAGAAGGAGAAUCUCAGACUAAAACGAGAAGUCGGCGGCCUCAAGGCAGUGCGAGCAGAUAUAGAUGUGCCUAACAAGGAUGUUGUCGAGGUGUCUGAUGCAUAA